AUGAACACAAUAGAAAAGAACGACUUUUCUAUAGAGGCAGAAUUGAACAAUGCAGAGAUGGAAACGGAAGAAACACAUGCAAAAAGGGUACCCCAAAAUUUAGUAUGCCUAAUUUGUUAUGAUGAUAUUGACGAAAGUAAUUACAUUGAAUAUAAAACAAGCCAUACUAGCGAAUGGUAUCCAAGCAUGUUCUGCCUGAACUGUACAGAAAUUUUAAUACAAACACAGUAUCAUAAAUACAUAAAUAACGUGCAAAAAUCGGAAUGUUUAAGGGAGCAAAAAAAUUUACUAGAAAUGGGACCACCAAUAAAUGUAAAAGAUAAAAAUGGUUUUCCUUUAUCUGAAGGAAAUGAAAUUCAUAGUCUUUGGUAUUUUUGUGACAAAAAAAUUCAUACAGCAAAAUUGGAUGGUAGUUUAGUGGGGGAAGAACGAGUGAACUUGUGGAAUGAAUUGAAAAAUUUUCUUAUAAAAGAGGACAAGGAAUAG